ACGUGGAUGUACAUUAACCGGACUCGUGAUAAGCACGCACGAUUAUUAUUGUCGAAGUUAUUUCUAUUAAUUAUAUUUUAUGUAGAAAAUUGUCUUUGGAUAUUUCAUUUACAAUACAAGUUUUAGUUCAUUGAAGUGGACAUUUUAACAUUUAUUUCAAUACAAAGGAUCUGAUCAUCUUAAAGCCUGAUCAUGAGCAAUAAACAAAAAGCAAUAAAAAAAAUAAAGUCGUUAUGCUACGUAACACUAGGGGGUACCAUAGUUUAUCAAUUUAUUUACAUGAAGAAAGACUUCAAAGGUUAUUAUGAAAAUGUUCUUCAACCUGUGAGCCAGAAGAUUAGUCCUGAAUGGGCUCACAAAAUUGGAGUAACAGCUAUUAAAUAUGGUGUGUUCCCACCUGAGAACUAUGAUGAUCCAUCUGUUUUGAGAACAAAACUAUUCAAUUACAGUUUGAAUAAUCCAAUAGGCAUAGCAGCUGGAUUUGAUAAACAUGGAGAUGCUGUCAUUGGAUUGAGGAACUUGGGAUUUUCAAUGGUGGAAGUUGGAUCUGUCACACCAGAGCCCCAGCCAGGCAAUCCCAAACCAAGGGUGUUUCGACUUCCUGAGGAUAAGGCAGUCAUUAACAGAUAUGGUUUCAACAGUGUAGGCCAUGAUAAGGUGUACAAAAGAAUACAUAAUAUAGACAAAGCUUUACUAGAUAAAGGACUAUUAGGUAUCAAUCUAGGGAAAAACAAAACAACUGAACAUGCUAAGGAGGAUUAUGUUUUAGGUAUUAAGAAGUUCUCUGAUGUUGCAGACUAUUUUGUUAUAAAUAUAAGCAGUCCAAACACUCCUGGUCUUCGUUCACUUCAGAAGAAAGAGGAACUUCAAGAUCUGCUUACAGCAGUGAAUAGUGCCAGAGAGGCCAUAUACACAUUUAAUGGGCGAAAACAACCUUUAUUCCUCAAAUUAGCACCAGACCUAACAGUUGAAGAAAUGAAAGAUGUUGUGUCUGUUAUUACAAAGAAACCAAGUAAUGUAGAUGGUCUCAUCAUAUCUAACACCACUAUUGACAGGUCAUCUUUAGUGAAUCAGGAGUUUUCUCAUGAGGAUGGUGGACUAAGUGGAAAGCCACUGGCAAACAAAUCCACAGAAAUGAUAAAAACAAUGUACAAAUUAACAAAAGGUAAAAUACCAAUAAUUGGUGUUGGUGGUAUUUUCUCUGGACAAGAUGCAUAUGAGAAGAUAUUGGCUGGUGCAAGUGCAGUACAGAUAUACACUGCACUUAUAUACUUUGGCCCCCCAGUUGUGACUAAGAUUAAGACAGAGUUAGCUGAAUUACUUGAAAGAGAUGGAUACAAAAGUGUCAAUGAAGCCGUAGGCAAAGGUGUGAAACUAGGAUACUUUUUUUAAGUUGAAACUUGAAAGUGUAGAUGUGUGAACCUUAUGUAGCUGUAUAGUAUUAUGUUAAAAUGGACAUAAUUAUUGAGCUUUUUCAUUUUCUACAGCAUCUGAAAAACAAAAUAAUACUUUAAUGACUGAUUAAUAACUAAACUACCUCAAGACAACUUUAAUGAAACAAGAUGUAUAGAAGUAAUAUAAUAUAUUGUUGGUAUGUUGAUGUUUCAUAUAUUGUAUACAGUUAUUCACAUUUUAAAACAAACAAAAAUACACUUAAAAAUAAAAAUAAAUUAAAUGAUUCUCCUA